AUGUCCUGGCCGGGCAGGUGGGUGCAGGGCCGCAGCGUAGUGAAAAGCCCCAAAGCAGUGCCGAGGAAGCAGCGGCGGUGGGACAGCGCCGGCCCAGCUCCAGCAGGGCAGGAGGAGGCAGCUCAGAGCUCCGAGGAACACGAGGAGAUGAUGGCAGAUUCCUCAGGACCAGGCCCGGUGAGGUGGGAAGGUUUAGGACUGAGAGAGGUUCCUGUACUACUUGUCACAACAGAAAUCCUCAAUUUCAGCUUCAAUGUUCUCCCUUCCCUCCACAAUUCAACCUUCUCUGACCUGAAUUCUCUUCUCUCCUUGGACUUAACAAGGUGUCAGAUCAGCUGGGCAUAUGAUGGUGCCUUUCACAGCAAGAGGCAGCUGAACCCAGUCAUGCUGACCAGAAUCCUGCUCAUGUUUCUGUCUGACACAGCAUUCACUGGCCCACACUCCCUGGAUAUGUUGACACAGACAGGAAUGACAAGGAUCUUCAUUAUUCCUGUGUCAAAUCUUGACGGCUUAGCGAUCUUCAUCUUGGGCAGCAACCACAUCUCUUCACUGCAGCUUCCUCCCAUCCCCACUUGGAACCUCAAACACCUCCAUUUUCAAAUGAACAACAUACAAGCAAUCACAGCAGAAGAUGUCCAAGCUCUGCAGAAGACCAGCAGUGUUACUCUCAUCCUUAAAGGCAAUAACAUUACAUAUGUCGAACCUGGAUCUUCUCAGUCCCAUUUCUACAGUCUGGGCUUGGUAGGCUGUGCUCUGGGGGUCCUGGUGGGGAUACAGAACUCCACAGCCCAGACCCAUCACCUGGGAACAUUUUACAGUGUGGAAAAGGAGUACAUAUGCCCAGAUGUUUUACAAGGCCUCUGUAGUAUCUCUGCCAAGGAUCUCUAUCUGCAGUUAUGGCACUUCAAAAAUCCAAAUGCUGACACAUUUCAGGGCUUAACCAGGCUCCAGAAGCCAGACCUAACCCAAAACCUUAUCCAUGCACAGCCCCCUGGCAUCAGUGGCAUGAGCUUGCUAGAGGAGAUGGUUCUCAAUGAAGAGUACCUCUGCAACACCAGCUCUGCUGCCUUCCCCUCCCUCACCUGCCUCCACAUCAAGGGUAACUCACAGGUUCUCCAGCCAGGCUCUGGCUGUUUGGAGAAACUGGCAAAGCUUCAACAUCUAGAUUUAAGUCAGUCACACUGAGUGUUCAGACUGCUCUAGAAAAGCACUGAGCAGACUUUUUUCCUGUAUCUGAGCCACAACACACAUCUCCAUCUCCAGGACACGCUCAUUUAUGGCACUGCUAGCCUAGAGCUGCUGGAUUUACCCUUCACUCCGUUCUAUAACAACACUUCACAGAGCCUUUUCCAAAAUCUGCAUGUCUAGCAAGUGCUGAAUCUUUCCUCAUCUCACAUUAAUACUAGCAUUCAGUAUCUCUUUCAAGGCUUGAAAAACCUCAUGUUCUUGGACCUUAGUCAAAAUAACUUUGAACUGGAGAUCAUGCCAAAGGACAAACUGUUCCAACAACUAUCCAUUUUAGAGGUGCUAAUAUUAUCAUCCUGUGAACUGACAGCAAUAGGUAACCAAAUAUUUCACAACCUCAGGAAAUUACAGCAUGUUGAUCUGAGUUACAACAAAUCUACUGCAUUCAGCACAGAUGCAUUUUCUAAUCUCAAGAGUACCUAUCUCAAUUGUACCCAUAACAGGAUCCAGACAGCUGAUCCAGGUGAUCAGCUAGUACCCCUAGAUGGCAACUGCAUAAUCAGUUUAAGCCACCACCUUCUGGACUGCACCUGCACUAACAUUGAUUUAAUCACCUGGUACAAGAAACAUCUGGACAAGGACCUUGAAGGAACAAGGUGUUCUGAACCCAAAUUAUGAGCAGGUUCAGCUGGCCACAUCUCACUCUCCUGUGGGAAGAACACAUCAGGAAUCAUUGCAGUUGUCUUGGCUGUUUUAUCUUGUAGUGCCAUCUUCCUUUGGGAUGCUCACUAUUUCAAGCAAAAUAACCAACAAGUCUAAGUCUGGGAUGCAGACACAGAAAAUAUCCACAGCAACUGUAUUAAGCUGAAAGACAUCUCAUUGUUUUCAUUUGUGACAUGUAUUUUCUUAACUUUUGUAAUAUCCUCUCUACCCGUAUUAAAACUUUUAGAAAAAUAAUGAAAAAAUUAUAAUUGAAAAAAUAAAUUAUUACAUGAAUCUUGAAAAUUAUUAUCUUAUGGAGAAAUCACAAUUCAGCUGGUAGCCCUGUUGUGCUAUUAUUGUGGUUAAUGCACUUGGAAAAUCCAACAGCCAAAAUAACUUCUCUUUUAAAAAAGAAAACGUAACCACCACCACCACUCCCAAAAAACAAACCAAACAACCCAAUGAAAACCAAACCAAAACCCCUAACCAAAUUCUACCCUCUAUCAAACACCCUUGAAAAGCAAUGUUUUAUAAGAGCUGGCAGUACUGUACCCCACUCUGCUGAAAAAAAACCAAAACCAAAACCAGAAACAGAAAAAAAACCCACAAAACAAACCCACCCAAAAAUCCCCCACUACCUAUAAAGGACAGAUUUAUAAUCACAUGAGACAUACCUGCAGGACUGGCAGAAACAUCAUGUAUCACCACUGUGAUUUAAAAAAAAUAUUUAAAAUACUUUUGAUCCUUAGAGAAUUAAUUCCUGGCCAUUGCAAUUCUGUUUAUCCAUCUUUCAGCCCGGGGCAGGCCCUGCUCCUGUGCUCUU